CGAUAGUUGACUCCUACUCUUGCCGACACGUCGCGAAGCAGAAAGGUCAUGACGACGCGUCACUUGCCUGCGGCAAUGGAGCGGAGGACGUCAAGGAUGAUCCCUCCUCUAGCAAGUAUGGAGAUUCCUCUUUCGGAUUGCUUGGAUCUGCGUAAGGUGGCCCUGUCGCCCGCACCCAGUCACUCUCCGACAGAGGAAUCGUAUCUCGCGCCUGGUGAUGAUAUCCAUGCUCAAAGCAGCGAUUCAUCAUCGCACACGCAUGUUCGUGAAGUCAUCGCCGUUCCUGCGACAUCGUCGGACGUCUCAAACGAGCCUUCUUCCACGGGCGUCGCGUUGCAUGAGUAUUGCCAACCAAGGGUGGACAUUGUCGCUUCCGUGGACGCCAUGAAGCAAGUUUUUUCCAUGCCGUACAACUCAACCCCCAAGGGCAUUGCAGUCCAUCGUGUUGGACGACGUCUUGUAGUGGGCACCUCCGCAGAGUCGGAGUCCCAACGCAUUUCCCGCCGGUAUAAGAAAACGGCGUCCCCGCCACCGUCGACCCCAGUUUUGACACUGACGCCCCCGCCGCCUGCAGUCUCUGCUCAAAACCCAUUCCUUGUCAACAACUGGGACAUUCAUGACGACGAUCGUGACGAAGGGAUGGACCAUCAGCUCGUGACGGAUCCAGAAACGGGCGAAAUCUUCCUCGUGUGCGACGACGACCCCGUGCCAUGCUUGGAAGACAUUGCCCAAACCAGCGUCCAGCGCGGCCUUCACGACCGAUUCCUCCAUGACGCUUUCUCGCGGGUAUCGUUUCCACUGGAAUUGACCAUGACGGAGCACGUGCCGCCCUCGCUGCUGCAUCUGUCGUCGUACCAACAACUGGUGCGGUGGCAAUUCAACUCGAUGGAAAUGCUGCUGGGCAGCAACACAGUCAUUUUCAAGCACAAGGCAGACGACGCCUCCGAGAACGUCGACACGCCGACGUCCGUGACGUUAUACGACCGGUCGACACUAAACGCGCUGGCUUGCUUGGACACGUGGCUCGACAACGUCAUGAACAACCUCCAUCAGACAGCGUUCUGCUACCACCGAGACGGCCACGUCCAGGGGUACCAUAUGGUGCGCACGGAAGACCUGCCGUUCAUGCAAGCCCCCGAGCUCUUUGACGCGCACGCGGUGUUUGACAACGCGCAGAUGAUCCUGUCGUUUCUGCAAGAGCACUGCGUGGACGAAGCGCAAACGUACUGGGUCACCAAGGUGUCGGACAAGGUGCACUUGUUUCAGCUGCCCACGAACGUGUUUACAACGGCAGACCACACCGUGGGCAUGCUGUGCUUUCAACUGGCCAAUUCAAUCGCGACCCACGACGUCCGCCGCGCCCAGCGACUCUACACCAAGUGCAUUCGCAUGAUCGAUGCCAAAGCGUGCCCGGACGUGGCGGCCCAAGCGUGCUUGGCGCUAGGCACUACCUUCCUCCGACCCCAUCUCGUCACCUCUCUGCCGUUGCGCCUGCUGGAAACCGCGUCUCCACAUGCGAUGGUGAACGACUUGUCGGCAGCCCUGGACGCGUGCGAGGCGUUUGCAAGGCAAGACGGCACGCCCAAAAUUGCGACGCUGUUUGAAAUCGCGCAGCGCUACCUCCCGACCAAGAAGCCGCCGCCGCCGCCUCCACCAUCCGACGAUGUCCGCAUGGACGACCAGUAUCCCCCGCCCCUGCUUGACGACGAGGCGCAGGAGAAAGAAGACUUUGAACAAGCUCUGGUCGUGUUUGGUUUGGGGAUGAAGUGGGCCCAAGAAGUCACGGCGACAGAGUCGAGUCUUGUGGACAGUCUCUCGGCAUGCUACUACGUGCUCGCCCACUUUGCCCUCCACGAAGCCGACCUUGGAACCGCUUUAAGCCACACCCACACGUUGCUGGCGUUGUUGCCGUCGUAUGAAUACCCCCAGGUGACGCUUCUCGUCGCCAAACUCCACCUUCGCCUGGCGGCAACUUCGUCCGUGGACGCCCACCGCACUCGAUUUUUUGCAACCGCUCAACGGACCAACGACUUGAAACGCCUGAUGACGAAGCAACGAGCCGCCGUCGCGGCGCCGGCGUGGGUCCACAUGUCCGAGACGUUUGCAACCAAGUGGCCCGCUGGAGACAAGGAGUUGCAUUUGAACGUAGCGGUGGCGUGUGCCAUGCACGUGGGUACGUCUAAAGCGACCCACCAAACGCUGCCUCUCUUGAGCGUCGGUCGAGAUCCCGUGCACGACGCGUUCCGGGCGACUCUUCGUGACGCGUACGUGUCACAGACCCGCCAGUUCGUGGUCAGUGGUCGGCUCACGAAAGGCGCGCGGCAUGCUGAGCAAGGGCUGGUGCUGUUCAGCUCCACGGGCGACGCCGCCGCCGCCAUCGAGAUGCGCGUGCUUCUGGGGGAAAUCGCCCUGCGUCUGGCUACGGACUCGAGUGGGUUCCACAAAGCUAUUGGCGCGUUCACGCGCGCCCUGUCGGAUUUGACGUCGGGUUCGCAUGAGGACGUGGGCAAUGAGUGGACGCAUGCGUUGCAAGGGCACGUGUUACUCCUGCUUCGCCUGGCCCAUGCCCAACAUGCCUUGUACUUGCAGGAAUGGCUGAGUCGAAAAGCGUUGCGAACGGUGGACGAUGUCGGCGGAUGGACCGCGGCCCAAAGCGCCGUGCGCGUCGAGCUGACCAAGUGCCUCACGUGUAGCCAAGACGCGUUGCGGCUUCGUCCUUCAUGCGUCAAAACACGAUGGCGGGUGGCGGACGCGCACUACUUGUUGGCGUGCCUGUAUGCGUCGCAUUUGGGCUUGCAGCAACAUGGCACCAGUCCAUCGGUGGACGCGGUGCAGCUGAUGAAGACAUGCGAGGACCAUUACGCUGCAGCUUUGGACGCACUACCCCUGGCGUUUGAAACGUGCGUGCAUCAUUUGCUUCUGCGGUUGGAUGCGGUCAAGUUCCUCCUCUCCACGGGAGUCAAGAUCGAAGCGAAUGCCACGACGCCGCCGUCGGAGGCCGCGCCGUGGCGAGCGUUGAUGUGCCUUGUGCAAUGUGCCCCUCUGUACAGUCUUCCGUCGGGCAACGAUGCAUCCCUCGAAGAUCGGCAACGGGUGUCGAUGCUGCUCCAAGGACUGUUUCGGCUGAUUGAACAACAAGUGCAUGGGUGCAUGAAGGCGCUGAUCAAAUUAAAGCAUCCUCGCACCGACCAUCUCAAGGACUGCUAUUUGACGUGGAUCAAGCACGCGUCGUCGGCACCACCCAAAGCUCUCUUGGCUCGAGCGCUGGAAUCGUUGAGCCAACUUCCAGCUGUCGAGUUGAUGCGGCCGUAGUUGCCUUACCUAACGUUAAGCCGUUGACUAUCCAAUGACGCUACAUACAGAUUGUGGAAAUAUAUUUCUGCGUUUUUAGGUUGUUGUGAAAUCAACAUUUAUUACGGGUUGGUCUCAUAAAACUAUGCCAUUAGUCGUUUUGGCAAGUCUACUAAAUUUCCCCAAAAUCCCAUGAAAAAAAGUAACGUUAUCUACAAAGAUGUCUGGAUGCUAGCUG